CUCGGUUCCUCGCCAGCUAUGUCCUCGAGACUCAGGAAGAGGAGCAAUAUGGCGGGCGUCGACUCCCUCCAUGGAGAGCAAGAGAGGAGCUUCACGGAGCGAGUUCAGGCCAUACUGGUCACGGGCAGACUCAGCAUCUCCCCCCACAUCCUAGAGCUGCUGGCGUUGCCCACUUUAGAGGACUUGGAGGCUGAUUACCGGCCUAGAAUUUCAGAUGACCUAAAAAUAGGUUAUGCUAUCUCAGACCGUGCCACUCAAACUGAUGGAAGUGAAAUAACAGAUCUGAAAGAGUUUAUAGUGACAACAAAGACUUUGAUAGAGUUCACAAACUCAGUGUACGAUGACUUCAUGAGGUAUAAAAGUUUCCUUAAUGCACAAUAUGAAGAAAAAAUAAAGGAUCACGCAUUCAACCUCUGGGAAGAAAUGAACGACAGACUUGAAUACAUUGAGAAGGUUUAUAAGGAGAAGGAAGUCAAAAUGAGAUACAGCUACCAGAAGCAAUUGUGUGAUGCGCUUGCCAUCCUCCAAAUAUGCUAUGCAAAGUAUAUCUCUGUCAGCAAAGGUCUGUCUGGAGAAGAGGAGGAAUCGUUAGCUGAAAGGUUUCAGAAAAUGGGACAGAGCCUUGAAGAGAAGGAUGUUAUAAUUGCUGGUUUAGAAGAAGAAAUAGUAGCUUAUAAAGCAAAGGAAAGUAAGAAGUUUUUGUAUGUGGAAGACGAUGAAUUUGAAAAAGAAUUGCUCCAGCAAGAAAACAAGGAGAUGCGGGCAGAACUUGUUUCCCUGAACGGAAAACUUGCGCGCCUUCAAGAAGCGAUGAAACAAAAAGAGAAAGAUUAUGCUGAAAUGGAUGCUGAAAUUAGACAAUUGCAGGACAAAAGAGAAAGAGAUCUGAAGACAAUUGAAAAGCUAAUGAACACGCAGGAGAUACUAAAGCUGGAAGUUGAAAGAGAGCAGCAGAGAGUUCUGUCGAAAGCUCGGGAAGUCAAAGAAGCACAGGACGCUUUGGCAAGAUUAACUGAAAGUAUCGCAAAAUCAGAAGUGGAAGCUGCAGUUGCAGCAAAGGUGCAAGCAUUCCAACAACAGAAAGAAAAGAAGAUGGCCAAAGAUCGGAGAGAAGCAGAGGCGAGAGAAGCAGAGGCGAGAGAAGCAGCAAGAGAAGCAAAAAAGGAAACAGCAGCAGCAGCAGCGAGCAAACCGUCAGAAGAAAGAGAAGCUGCAGGAAUAGAAAUUUCGUUUGACUCUCCGCAGGAAAUGCUCUCCGCUCUCUAUGGCAGCAACAAGGAGGCUGCGAGCAAAGCAUUGCUAAGUGAAGUGGCACGGCUGAAGAAAUCUGAACGGGAAGCACGGGAGCGAGCAAAGAGUCUCGAACUGGAAAUACAUCACCUGAGUGAAGCCUGGGAGCUGAAGUUUCAGAUUCUGAAGAGGAGCUUCAGAGUCAGAGGAGGAAAUGGAGGAACCGCCUUCCCUGCCGCCAUUUUCUUCACCCCAAUAGUAGGGCAGAGCCACGAAAGAGAGAAGAUGUUGGGUGGACUUAUAGGAUCUACCUUGACAUUGGGUCUCCCACAGAGGGUCUUCUUCCUGGCUAGGAAGCCUGGAUACUUUUGUUCUCUGGCUGAUCUCUAGAGCCAUCGGCUGCGUAGGAAACUGGCCCUCCUAUGUAUGCCCUUUCCCGAUGAAGCUUUCAAAUGAUGGGGGGAUAGAUGGUCAAGAUCCCCUUUUUUUGCUAGCAGUUUGUCUGUUUGCAUCAGAGAAAUAGCUUCCAGACACAUUUGUAAUGUCAUGUGAUGGUCCUGAAUAAAGAGGUUGACCAAUCAUC